AUGCUCCGGAAGCGGGCGAUCGUUCUUGAAACACCUCAGCUAGUCGAGCUUCUCGGUGCUGAUUUUAGCAUCAGCGAGUCUGAUGAUGACCUGGUGUUGCUCAAAAGCCCGCAAUACUGUCAAAUAGGAUGUGACCUCCGUCAACUAGACAAGCUGCGUACCACUUUAGAGUCAGUCUUGCGGCUUUCUGACUGCGAAGUUCUCUUCGUCGCCGAGGUUUCCGUGACGUACAUGGAUACCCCCUCGGCAGAUGCGCUCAUUCACUGGGCUAGCUCCAUCGGAACUCCCGAGUUCUGCCUACUCGAGCAAAUACUCCCGCAUGGCCCAGACCACCCUUUCGCUCAGACCAUGCUGAAGCAUUUCGACAAGCUCAAAACACCGCCCAGAUCCGUUUUCCAAUAUCCCACGCUCGCCAGCCAGCAAGCCCGCUUUCAGAAACUCGGAUGGGCUCAUGUUUCUAUAUGGGACCUCUGGGAAGCGUGGUCGAACGAGUACUUCGUAAGCAGCACAGAGAGAGUCGCACUAGAUCAUGUCGAAGCGUUCGACGAGUGGGAGGAAUUUGUACUCUUUGCCCGACACUAUUUUGUUCUUCAUGCCUCGACAAGCCGGCUCACUGGAGAGCAAGCUGUCGAGCAAGUGUCGACAACGCCGUCAAAUCGAGAUUGCCGCGCGGAGGUUAACAUCGUAUGCCACCAUGACGGCACCAACAAGCGUCGUUUCGGAGAGGCGAUGACAAUAUCGGAUGCAAUGGGGCGACAGUUUGCUCUGCAUAUGAUGGGAAGCGAUGCUAAAGGAAGAUCUGACACGGUUGACAUAUUCUCCCUUGGACCAUCAGUUGAACCGCCCAGGCUGCCGCUGAAGGGACCCCUCCCUCGCAUGUGCCACACGGUGACGGACCUCGGCGAUUUUGGUCUGCUUCUUGUCGGCGGAAGGGCUUCUCCGACCAGCGUUUUCUCGGACUGUUGGAUAUUUUCGAAGGGGGUUGACUGUCGCUGGCAGCCAACAUGGAAGCUUCCGACUUCUCUGUUCAGACACUCGACCAUUCGUCUAAAGGGAACCUCGCUCGCCCUUGUCAUGGGCGGGAAGAGCGAUGGCGCGAAAGUAUCUGAGGAUUUCUACCUAUUCCACCCGACGCAGGGCUGGCGGAAAUGCCAGGUCCGAGGGUCCACACCUCGUCCGACUUUUGGAGCUGUUGUUUGCGGCACCUCGGGUCCCAGCAGUGGACGGGGCAUUUUCCAUGGCAUCUUAGCUGGUGGAAUGGGUCAAGAUGGCUGUAUAGUCACAGAUGAGAACGUGUGGUGUCUCGACAUAAAUGGUGCCGAGCCGUUGAUAACGUUUGAUGUUGUGGCUCCCGAGAAAAGAUUCGGCCGCUGCUUGUCACUAUUCGGAGCGCAAUGUGUCGACCUUGACUCUUGCACGCUUGUUUGCGGUGGCGUAGGACAUGAUGCGUCGUUUCAAGGACGGGAACUUUUGGCUGUCAACAUUGAUCAUGGCAAUGAAAGCUGUACCGUUCUGCAGCUUCGGCCUAGAGACGGAGCUGUUCGGAUGCCCUUUAUGAUUGGAUCAUCUGCGCUGCCUAAUGGGAAGAACGGCCUGCUGGUUUUUGGAGGAGGAGCGACGUGCUUCUCGAUGGGCACAUUUUGGGAAACUGGUGUUUUCAGCAUCGCAUUGUCCAAUCUGCCAUGGAACGACGGCAAACAGUCGCCAUUGACCGUCUCGUUGGACACAGCCCCGAGAUACGUUGAGUCGCGGAAGGUUGUGGGGAUCACGAACUAUGCAGACGGAGAAGCGAAGACGACAGCCAGAAAAGUAGUGCCGGAAAAGAUUCCCCGAGUGAAGCUGAGCCAGGGCAUGGAAUUUGGCGAGAUAGUUGGCUGCGGGAAGCCAGUCAUUCUAGAAGGACUCGAUCUUGGACAUGGUGGAGAAGGAUGGACUCCGGAAUUGUUGGUGAAAUGCGUUGGUGAACAAACAGAGGUGGUUAUACAUGAAUGUCACAGAGACACUGACCGGAUGGAUUUCAACACGAAGAAUUUCCGCUAUGUCACGGCCGCUUUCGGAACGGUCAUGGCCAAGAUUCAAGCCGGCGAUAGAGUAUAUCUUCGAUCUUUAUCCCGUGAGCAGCCGUCUGAGCAAGCAGCAAAUAUUGAAUGCGACUUCCCAGGAUUGGCAGCAAAGUUCCGUUUACCGGCGGAACUAGAAGACCAUGUGUCGAAGAACGUGUUCAGCUCGGUUCUCAGAGUGUCGGGUAGAGUGAAUAUGUGGCUACACUACGAUGUCAUGGCGAACAUAUACACGCAACUUGUCGGCAGUAAGAGAAUGAUACUCUUUCCGCCGAGCGACGUGACGCGACUGUCAUUCCUCCCCGGGGCAUCGAGCUCGAGCGCGGAUGUCUUCUCGAUGCUCGAAACGACAUCCUUAACAGGGACGCGACCGCACGAAGCCUUGCUUCAGGAGGGCGAUGUGCUUUUCCUGCCAGCUCUAUGGCUCCACACGGCGAUGCCGAUGUCUGACCUGAACGUGGCGGUUAACGUCUUUUUCCGCGAUCUCGACAGCGGCUACGCCACAGGUCGAGAUGUAUACGGCAACAGGGAUCUUGCGGCGUACGAAAAGGGUCGACAGGACGCAGGCCGGAUCGCGAGAAGUUUUCAGCCGCUACCGUUGGAGACGAGACGAUUCUACCUGGCACGGAUCGCAGACGAGCUUCAGCAAGCCGCGGAGGGCUUGACGUAUGGCGUACGGAUGGAAGCCAAGGCAUCAUCGGGCGAGCCGGCGGCCGCCCACCUAGACGACACCCAUGAGGGCCGAGCCGAUGACCCCUAUGUGCAUCCCCUAGCAAAAAACGGCCUUGCUUGCUUGUGCCAAAUGUGUUCCGGCAGGGAAACGAAAGCAAGCAACGACAAGGACAGAGUUGGCAGGCAAGAAUACGUUUUGAAGGACGUGGCAGUAGAUGCUAUAGCCGAUGGCGAGCGAAAGGGGCGAGGUGACACUAUCGAUGCUGCUGACAAGGAGCGGCUCGUCGCACUGGCCUACGCGACAGCUCGAGAUCAAAGGCUAGCGCCGAGCAAAAUCCUUAUACGGUCGUCAUUCGUCCUAGUUUCGUUGGUCCUCGCGGCAUUGUCGCUGACUGCGGUAUACCUUUCUAGAGCCUCGCUGCACCAGACGACCAGCAUCGGCGGCGGCAGGAACAUGAUGGACCCCGACGGCUGGCAUGUGACCUUGGCUUUCAAAGACAAGGAUCAAGAAACGCGCAGCUGCCACAUUGCAUCGCACGGGUACACCGAUGGCGAAAAUGAUACUACCCUGCGGAAGGCUACUCACGGGGACAAAAAGCGGGACGACACCCCUCGCGGCCCCAAAAACUUGGGCAAAGUGGUGUGGCCGAAGGAGAAAGGCCUCGUCGAGUACAAGGAUAGCCCGAUCGCGUACUCUCACCUCCCCGAUCCGAAGGCGAAGUCUUAG